GGGUUUGCUUAGGCUUCUGGCGUGAAAGCCCAUUCGUGCGGGAAGAUUGCGGCUAGGGUUUUGGCUCGCCUAUCCCACCCCUUCGUUGAUCGCUUGCUCUUUCAAAUGGCGAUUGCAUCCCUGCGGCGGCUAUGCUAAUCCCAUACAUUACGCUGGCGCAGUUCUGAGGCCGGAAAUUUGGACGAUAUCUUGCGGUCAUGGCUACCAUCAAUCCCUUCGACGUACUGGGCGACGACGACAACGAUGACCCAUCGCAGCUCAUCGCCGCCCAGCAGCAGCAGUUGGCGGCCAAAAAGCCGGCUGUGCCAACCGCUGUCAGUCCGGUAGUGGCGAAGCUUCCCACGAAACCGCUCCCCCCUUCACAGGCCGUGAGGGAGUCGAAGGAAGCGAGGGACAAUGUUGCACCAGCACGUGGUGGGGCUGGCCGUGGGCGAGGCGGUGGACGAGGUCCAAAUCGUGACUUCGGAAAUGAGAACUCGAAUGGGCAUAACCGGCCCUAUGGUGGUGGUCGUGGUGGUGGUGAAGAUGGUGAGGUUGACAAGCCUGAGAGAGUACGCCCCCCACACCAGCCUUUCAGCGGCGGCCGUCGCGGUGGAUACGGUGGCCGUGGUGGCUAUGGCAAUGGUGAAUUUGGAGGUAACUCUGAAAGGCCUCCACGCAGAUUGUUUGAGCGUAGGAGUGGCACCGGCCGCGGCGAGGAGGUGAAGCGUCAAGGUGGAGGACGUGGCAACUGGGGAAUUGCUACUGAUGAGACACUUGCACAGGAAAAGGAUGAUGUCAUGAAGUCCGAUGAAAAUUUGCCAACUGAGGGCCAUGCAGUACAGGAAAAUGCGCCUAUAACAGAGGAGAGCAAGGAUAAGGAAGGGAUAACUAUUGAGACUGAAGAAAAGGAAGAGGAUAAGGAGAUGACUUUGGAAGAAUAUGAGAAAGUAAAAGAGGAGAAAAGAAAAGCCUUGCUUGCUCUGAAAGCUGAGGAGCGGAAGGUUGAAAUCGACAAGGAUUUGCAGGCAAUGCAGCUGCUAGCAACAAAAAAAGAAAUUGACCCUAUUUUUGUUAAGUUGGGUUCUGACAAGGAUAUAGGGAAAAAGAAAGAUAAUGUUGAUCGUGAUGAAAAGAAUAGAAAGCCCUUGAACAUGAAUGAGUUCUUCAAGACUGGCGAUGGCAAACAGUCCUACAGUUCAGGUGGACGAGGACGUGGAAGGGGAAGAGGUAACCGUGCACCAUUCGGAAGUGGUUUUGGAGGUAGGGGCACGAACUAUAUCACUGAAGCCCCAUCAAUUGAAGAUCCCGGCCAGUUUCCCACACUCGGCGGGAAAUAGAGAAACUCCAAGUCUUCCAAACUGUGUGCCAGUUUCUGAGAUUCUUAGUUCUUUAUCUAAGACUUGCUUUACUUCCUGAGAAGUAAACAUUGUGUGGGUUAUUUAGUUCAUCUUUUCAAUUUAUGUAUAUUGACAGCCGGCUCUCCGGCUGUCUCUCGCAACAGCAUGCUUUGUUACUUUAAUUUGCAUUUAAACAAUGUUUAGUAAGUUCAGUUUUGAUCA